AUGGAUGACGAAAUUUCCGCUAUCGUUCUUGACAAUGGCUCUGGAAUGUGCAAGGCUGGCUUCGCAGGCGACGACGCUCCUCGAGCCGUUUUUCCCUCGAUCGUUGGUAGGCACCGUCAUACCGGCGUGAUGGUCGGAAUGGGUCAGAAGGACUCAUACGUCGGUGAUGAGGCUCAGUCGAAGCGUGGUAUCCUCACGUUGAAGUAUCCCAUCGAGCACGGUAUCGUCACCAACUGGGACGACAUGGAGAAGAUCUGGCACCACACUUUUUACAACGAGCUCCGUGUUGCGCCCGAAGAGCACCCCAUCCUUCUUACCGAAGCUCCGCUGAACCCCAAGGCCAAUCGCGAGAAGAUGACCCAGAUCAUGUUCGAGACAUUCAACUCUCCCGCUUUUCACGUUCAGAUUCAGGCCGUGCUCUCCCUCUACGCCUCCGGCCGUACUACUGGUAUCGUGCUCGACUCCGGUGAUGGUGUCACCCACACCGUCCCUAUCUACGAAGGUUUCUCUCUCCCCCACGCUAUUCAGAGGCUCGACCUAGCCGGGAGAGACCUCACGGACCAUCUGGUGACCAGACUUAUGGAACGUGGCUACUCCUUCACCACUACCGCCGAGCGUGAAAUCGUCAGGGACGUCAAGGAGAAGUUGUGCUAUGUGGCACUUGACUUUGAGAAGGAGCUUCAACUCGCAGCUGAGUCCUCCAAGAUCGAGGCGAAUUACGAGCUGCCUGACGGGCAAGUCAUCACCAUCGGGAACGAGAGGUUCCGUGCUCCUGAGGCGCUCUUCCAGCCCAGCUUCGUCGGUAUCGAGUCCGCCGGUAUCCAUGAUAUAGCUUUCAACUCGAUCCAGAAGUGUGACCUCGACAUUCGCCGUGAUCUCUUCGGCAACAUUGUACUCUCUGGCGGCACCACUAUGCUCCCCGGCGUUGCUGACCGCAUGCAGAAGGAGCUCACCAACUCCGCUCCAUCCAGCAUGAGGGUCAAGGUCAUCGCGCCACCCGAGCGCAAGUACUCGGUGUGGAUCGGAGGAUCAAUUUUGGCAAGCUUGAGCACGUUCCAGACGAUGUGGUGCACGAAGCAGGAGUACGAUGAGAUGGGACCUGGGAUUGUCCAUCGCAAGUGUUUCUAG